GAGAGGAUAGCUGGGGGUGAGAGAAACCCCAAGAGGAGCAAGUUGUUAGUGGGGGGGCACUCUUACACCAGGGGUUUCCUGUGAUGGGGAUUUAAAGCUAGACUUGAUGAAAAGGGGAGCUGGGUGAAGUAAACAAGGGCCAAAAAGGGUGGGGGUGUAGUAGUAGUUAGACCAGUCUUGGGCAAGGGGACCUGAAUGAAGGACAGGAGAGGUUAAUUCUCAUACCCCUUGUAGUGGGAGGGAGUUACUGGGAGAAUAAGACUUUACAUCAGGAAAAGUGAUGUAGGAGCAGGUGUCUCACAAGAAGGGUGCAUGUUCUGAUAGUAAUUGGUAUAUCAGGCCAGAAGGAGGAAGAGAGGUUUUCAGGAUAAUGCCAGGAUGGAAAGAAAAGCAGAGGUUAAUUACCCUACUCUUGUUAUAAUGAUAUCCAGUCUGAUGAGUUGAGUCAAGCUUCAGGGGGAAAGGGAGUAUAAUAAUAAGUUAAAGCAUGCAAUAAACAAUGGUUCCUAAACCCACCCACAGGAUCCUAGAAGUGAGACCCAAGUUAGCCCUACUUGUCUUGUUUAAUUUGACCAUUUAGACAGGGAAAGCUAAAAUCCAAAAGGGAUGGAAAGGGAGGAAAACAGCAGUCCCCCCACGGGAGUGUUUGCAGAGUGGAGUUUGGCCUUCUGGACUCUGUGCUCAGUGAUCUUGCCAGUACUGAUCACCUUGUGGUGCAGCAUCCAGCGAUCCCGGAGGCAGGUGCUGAGGCAGGACAUCUUCCACAAGAGCAAGCAUGAUUGGCACUACACAGACCUCUUUGGCCAGCCAACCUAUUGCUGUGUGUGUGCCCAGCACAUUCUGCAGGGAGCUUUUUGCAACUGCUGUGGGCUGUGUGUCAACGAAGAGUGUCUCAAGAAGGCUGACAAGCUUUUCCUCUGCAAGGAAAUUAUGAUGAGGAGUGAUGAAGUCCCCACCUCUAUGGCACAUCGCUGGAUCCGAGGCAACGUCCCACUGUGCAGCUAUUGUGUCAUAUGCAAGCAGCAGUGUGGCACCCAACCCAAGCUCUGUGACUACAGGUGUGUUUGGUGUCAGCACAUUGUACAUGAUGAAUGCAUGCAGAAUUCUUUAAAGAGCGAAAAGUGUAGUUUUGGAGAAUUUAGAAACUUAAUUGUUCCACCAUACUAUUUAUCCACCAUUAAUCAGAUGCGUAAAGAUAAAAGAAUUGACUAUGGAAAGUUGGCAUCCUCCUAUGGUAAACACUGGACCCCAAUAAUAAUCCUGGCUAAUACUCGUAGUGGAAACAACAUGGGUGAAACAUUGUUGGGAGAGUUUAAGAUUCUCUUAAACCCAGUUCAGGUUUUUGAUCUCAGCAAAAUUUCACCUUCCAAAGCACUCCAGCUUUGUACCUUGCUGCCUUAUAAUUCUGCAAGGGUACUUGUUUGUGGUGGGGAUGGCACAGUAGGCUGGGUCCUGGAUGCAAUUGAUGAAAUGAAGAUAAAGAGACAAGAACGGCAUAUUCCACAAGUUGCGAUCUUACCUCUCGGAACAGGUAAUGACCUGUCUAAUACUUUGGGCUGGGGUGCUGGUUAUGCUGGAGAAGUCCCAGCGGAACAAAUUUUACGCAAUGUAAUGGAGGCAGAUGGAAUUAAACUAGACAGAUGGAAGGUUCAGAUAAUAAACAAAGGAUACUACAAUUUAAGAAAGCUAAAGGUGUUCACAAUGAACAACUAUUUUUCUAUAGGACCUGAUGCUCUCAUGGCUCUCAACUUUCAUGCGCAUCGUGAGAAGACUCCCUCUCUGUUUUCCAGCAGAAUUAUUAAUAAGGCUGUUUAUUUUUUCUAUGGAACUAAAGAUUGUUUAGUACAGGAAUGUAAAGAUCUUAACAAAAAAGUUGAGCUAGAGCUGGAUGGUGAGAGAAUUGAGCUGCCGAAUUUGGAAGGCAUCAUCGUCCUGAAUAUCGGAUAUUGGGGAGGUGGCUGCAGAUUGUGGGAAGGAAUGGGGGAUGAGACUUAUCCCCUGGCAAGGUAUGAUGAUGGACUUCUGGAAGUUGCUGGGGUUUAUGGUUCUUUCCACUGUGCACAGAUUCAGGUGAAAUUAGCAAAUCCUGUUCGACUAGGACGGGCACACACUGUGAGGUUGAUUCUGAAGAAUUCAAAGAUGCCAAUGCAGGUGGAUGGAGAGCCAUGGGCACAGGGACCCUGCACUGUUACCAUAACUCAUAAGACACAUGCACUGAUGUUAUAUCACUCGGGUGAACAAACAGAUGAUGAUGUUUCCAGCAUGUCUGAGCAGGAACACACAAGGGAACAGACAGAUGAAGACGUAUAGAUUUUUUUUUAAAUAAUUUUACAUAAUAUAUUAAUUUUCAUUAACUUAGAACAUUUAAUAUCUAUUUAACUGUCUCAAUAACUAAACCUUUAUGCACUAAGGUAUAGACUUGUGAGUGGCGGAGAGGUGAAAAACAAAAGCCAUGCUUUCAAGUAUCAAUGUAAAAACCUCUGGGCUAAACUUUAGUAAAACACUUAGGUGUAUACUGUCAAAAUGAAAACCAUAACUUAAACUGAUUUUUUUUAAGCUAAAUGUUUUAGUAUGUCUUGAAUACUGUUUUCUCUUUUAAAUAAGUGAUGUGUCUUACUCAAUUCAACAAUAUACUGUGAGGUGCACUUAAAAGAGAUAUUGAAAUGAGACUUUGUAUAGCACAGCCAUCUUUUAAGACCUGUAUCACAAGAUUUGUUUUUUUGUUUGUUUUUGGUGACAGUUAGCAACCCUUUUAAAAACUGCUACAGAUAACUGAUCUUGUCUGAUGAUGAUCCCUUAUACAUAUAUGAUCUAAUUUAGUAAAAAUGUAUUAUCUGCUAAAACAAAUAGAGAACGGAAGUAAUGUUUACUUCCUGACAAGGUCAUGCAAGAUGAAGAAUAGUUUUGCAAGAGUUAUAACUUUAUCUCCCAUUUUAAAUUUAUGACCAGAAAAGAGCAUUAUUACAGACAUGUGAUACAAAAAUAUGGAAUAGAUGUAACAGUAGAUAUAAACAUCCUGUUUAGAUAACCAGCAAAAUUUCUUAAGAUGAAUAUUGAUGAGGUUAAAGCAUCUCAGGUUUAAAACUUCAUGGCCAACCCAGCCAAAAUCAGUAGUUGCUCUUCAGCUAUUUUAUUAGCAAGUAACUUAACCCUACAAAAGAAUUUGAAGCGGAGGAGUAAACCUGUCACUAAUCGUUCCAGUUCCAUGUACUGAAGAUUGCAAAAUAGUAACUGAAUGUAUAGUAGAUAUGUGCUGCAUACAUUAAACCCAGUGAGAAGCUAAGGAAAUAGUCUUGGUCUAAACGCUGAAUUUUGUUGUUGUUGUUGUUGUUUAACGUCUUUUGUCAUUUUAAGGCAGCAUCCUCAAAUAAUUUUCCUUUUGUUUUCUGUAUGCUAGUUUAAAGGGACACUUUCAAGUAGGGUAGUUUAUAUAUAAUUUUACAAAAUCUAAAAAAAGGCUCAGUGGAUUACCUAAUGUUAAUGAAAAUGUUUGGUUUUUAAACAGUUUAUUUAAGCCUUUUCAUACAGGUUUAUGGAAACUGAACACAACAGCAUUGUAUCAGUGCAUCAGAGACCAGGAAGUAAAACAAACCCUUUAUGUCCUAAAUUCUCCAUGCUGAGUGAAAUGCAAAAAGCAAACAUCGUUUAUGUGUAAAAAGUUAAUUAUGUUUUUUGAAAUUCUUCUAUUUUUAAUAAUCUUGCAAGUUAAAAAUGUUUUAACUUGACAGUGUCCCUUAAAAGUUUACAUUCUGUAUACUACUGACAUUAAUACAUUCUUAUUUAGACAAAUUUGCAAGAUGUUUAUUAUAGAUGUGAUUAGAAUGUAAUGAAUUGUAAAUGUUGACAAAAAAUGUAAAUUCCAUGCUCAGUAGCUUUGUAUACCUCCUUUGAUGUUAUAAUUUAUCAUGUAAAUGCAUAGAGCGAGUUGAGACACAAAAUUCCACAUAAGAGUAAAUUAAAAAUACCCAAAGUAGAUAUUCCAUGUUAUAGCUAGAUCUUCUUUAGUUAAAGCAUACUUUAGGUUAUACUAGCUUAGAAAUCAUUUUAAAUUGGUAAGUUUUAUUUUAUUUAUAUUUGAAUAAGUUAUUGACACUUAUUAAAAUAAGUAUUUAUUUAUGUAUUAGGCUCUAAUGCUUGUGUACUAAUGUUUAUAGAUAAAUUAUAAAGCUCUGAAAUGCAGAUAAGUUAGACAAUGACAGGGUUGCUUGACCUAUGCUUAUCAAACUGUUGGAAAGAGUCAUCUAACAUUUUUUCUGGAAAUUUGCAAGAUCUAUUUCAGUAUUCAUAGGAUCAAAAACUGUUCAGCAGUUUGAAUCCCUACCCUACCCUUAAAACAAAGCUUAUAAAAAUGCUUUUUUUUCCUGGCCCAGUGAAGAUGAAAAAUCCAUCCUGUCUCUCCAGAUCAGUGUUUCUCAACCUUUUUGAUAUCAAGGACCAUCUUGCUGAAAUCCUCAGCUGUGUCAAGGGAGAUCUCAGGGACUAGCGCUAGUUCACAGGCCGAUUGUUGAGAAACUACUCUAGAUGACAGCACAGUUGGUGAGGGCAGCCUGUCUCCCAAUUUGUUUUGUUCAGGGCUAGAGGAAGGAAAUGCAGGUUCAGCACCUCAGAAAAUGGGGUAUUGCAGUGGUGGUACUGUACACAAACUAGAGAUGGGAACGCUUGACCGAUUACCCAGUAAGAAUCACCCUUGCUGGGUGAUGGUUACUGGGUAACAAUUAACUAGUACCCAGCAAUAGGCAACCCCUCGCCCGCUCCCUUUUAAUCUGUUAACUUGUUAAACACUCUGUUUAACUGGUUAACCAAUUAAAUGGGAUUUUACAUCCCUGAUUGCAGACGAGCUCUAUCCUUCCACUGACUGUAACUCGCUGAGCACUUCUCAGGAUCUGGAGCCACAUGAGUGAAAUACUCUGGGUAAUACAAAUCCAUGAAUAGCCGUGUAGUAUAGAUGGAGAAUGGGCAAUGAGGGCAACGGGUCAUCUGACAACUUGGAAAAUUUGGAGAGCUGCUUUUUGAGGAUUGCCCUGUUUGUCUCAGCCAGAUCAUGGCUGUUUGCAUGCUGAUGGGAAGAGAAUUGUGCUGCAUCCCUGAGCAAUUAGAAGUAACUGUUGAGAUUGCUGAGGGCAUUUGAUAGGUAACGCAUUGAGGUGUUGUAAGCUUGGAAAGCCUUUCACAAAACUUUAUUUGAAGAUUGGAGACGAUUGUAGUCACUAGAUAUGGAUAUAGAUAGCUAUUACAAAGUCAGAGAUGCCAGGCCCAGUUUUCCUGUAAUUGUGUCUAGCUGUCUGCAGGCCAGAGGACUUUUGAAAAUAUAAAUGUUAAGGCUAAAGUUUAAAUAUCUCAGGUGAACAUAGGACUUCCCAUCUUACCAUCCUGUGGGAUUUUUUAACUUCUCUUGCUUAACUGUUUUAUUUUAAUCAAAACGUUUCAGUUCACCACAAAGGCUGCGUCUAGAUAGCAGUGCUAUUUCAGGAUACCAGAAUUGUUCCAAAGUAGCAACACCGCGUCUAUAAACCUGCCCGUUAUUUCAAAAUAGAUUUCAAAAUAAUGGGUGCACUAUUCUGGUGUCUCUGUAACUCUCGUUCCAUGAGGUUUAAGGGAUGUUUUGGAAUAGCGCUUUAUUUCAACCCACGGGUGCAGUUUAUGUGCACCCAAAUUCAGAGUCAGAUUCUGCUGUCAGUUUCUCGCAACUAGUGUAGUCACGUUAGUCUGACUACACUAGUUAUAAGGCAUUAUCAUUUGCCUCCAUGCCUAAUUUGCAUAUGAAUUAGAUAAAGAUACUUUCAUUUUUAAUGUUAGUUGCUCAUGUGCUCUUUUAUAUUAUGGCUGUGAACCUGAUAAAAUUCACAUUUUAAAAUAAUAGCUGGUGUAAAAAACAUGAAGCACCUGAUACAAUAUUGUCUAUUGAUUAUCCUAAUAUUUUUAAUUAAAAAUAGGUGUUGACAACUGGAAACAUAAAAAUAUUGCAAUAUAUUAGUUACUCAGAAGAGGGUGCUCUGCUAUUGAAAUUCAUGCCCUACUAUAGGAAAAGCAACACAGCAUUUUAGGAUGACAUAAAUUAUGAAUACAUGUAACUUCUUAGAGGCUUUCAUAACCCUGAUAAUUUGAAUAAAAUGUACAGAUAUGGAAAUAUAAAGAUAUUAAUUUAGCAAGCAUUCAGAGUAUUCACAAAGCAGUAAUUCUAAACUAUUUUGAGACUGCAUUGCAGUAUAUGCUAGUGUAAUUAAAGACUGGUCACUGCAUCUGUUAUAAAUCCUUUUCCUGGAUUUAUAGCCUACAAGUGAAAAUCUUUUGGAUGGGCUUAAACUUUCACACAAAGACUAGCUAUUGAGUGAAUUCUUUUUCUCCUCUCACAACCCCCUUAUUAAUCUUCGCAUUAUUUAUAUAUCUUUUUCUUAGAAUAAUUUAUAGAUCAGAGUAAAUUGGUGGGGGGAGGGGUGUUGACACAUGUCUGAUUUUAUUGACAUUUGGUCUUCUGCAGCCUGUUUUUAAAAGCAGUGUUCCUAGCCCAUAAGAUGGGUCCUACACCCUUUCUUUUUUCCUCUUGAAAUAAAAUAGUUGAGCUCUGAAAGUAGUUGCCAAUCACGUUUAUCUUUUUUUAUAAGAAAUUGUGCUACUUAUUGGCUGUGAUAUAUUCAUAACCUGGUAUUUAAUUGGUCAUGUGUUUACAGUGGAGUCCAGCAUAGCACCCAAAACUACCACAAUGGGUGAAUAAUAUGGUCCAAAUUCUCUUUUCCAAUGCACUGAGAAGGCUCCCAUUUUAAAUGGCCACACCAAAUUUAAAAUCACAAAUGUGUUUUGAACAUUUUUGUAAUCUACUAAUUGUUCUGGAUUGCAUUCACAUAAACUGGAGUCAUGGAUGCUAAUAUCUUUGAAAAACAGGCCCCUACUUAUUUUUCUCUGUUGGGCCCUAUUUAUAUUUUCACAUUGUAUCCUAUAAGAAUGUAAGUGAGAGAACCUGAUUUUGAUAACAGGAUGCAGACAACCAUGACUUUGCAAUCAUUGUACACAAGGUAAAUCUUAUUGCGCACCGUAUUAACAGACCAGGAUUAAGACCUAGUCCCAGCAAAGUCUAAUCCCAGUUAACUGUCAUGAUGAUGAUUAAAAUUUGUCAUGACUUCCAUUAACCAUAGUCAUGAUUAUCAGUACAGAUAUUAUGUUAAUUCACUUGAUUUUCACAAUUGUAUUAAGCUGCUCUAUUUUUUUCCACACAGCAACAAGGGAAAUAAAAAAAUAUUUGGUAAUGGUAAAACAUGAUAGUAAAAUGACUAAAAUUGAUGAGGGUACCUGGGCAGUUGUAAUUCUAGAAACGUCCUUCUAAUUCUUUUUGUGUGUUUGUGUAAUUAACUAGUUUUUCGGGUUUUGGUGUCCUUGUAAAUCAGAGCCAUUCUGACGUCAGUGGACAGUUCUGUGCUUAUAUUUAGAUUGCAUUUCAGUCAGGCAUUUUUCCCUGUGUAUGUAGACUUGUGUCCUGUGCUUUUUUUUGUUAUUGUGGUAUUAGGCAUGAUAUAUUUUAAUAAGUGUAGGUUCUACCUGGUAGUCCAGUGCACUUUUUUUCAGAGGACAGUAUUGACUAAGGAGAGAGUGCUGAUUAUUUCCAUUGGAUUUUAUGGUCUUUGCCCUGAAACCUUCAAAGACUUAUGAACUUGAUUUUUAGAGCAUAUGUUUUUAUAGGACCAGGACCUUGAUUUUUUUCACUCUAGCAAAGACAAUCAGCAAUGUGCUUACAGUGGUUUUCAUUUGGGUAAGCAAGCAAGUUGAGAUCCAAAAUAGCCUCCUUACAAAGUGCAAGUUAUUGUCUUAUAGCUGAAAAAAAAAGGUCUGUAGGUCUAUUGUUCCAUAGUUUUCAACAGCAUUAAAACUGUUAAUGUAAUACACGUUGACUUUGUAAAGAAUGUCCGGUUGUUGAAAAUGUACUGCUGUUACUUCAGAUAUAAGAGUAAUACAUUUAUGAAAUCCCCUGCUUUUAUUUUCCUAUUUCAUUCCACAGUGUGACUGCAGAUUUCUUUUUUUUUUAAACAGUCAACUAGAAAUAAUUAGAAUGAUUUUAGACUUAAAGGAGAUUAUGGUAGUGUUUUCAAUAGUGUGACUGAUCCUUCUGAACUUGAACUAUCCACUUUAAAAAAAUGCUCCAAUCUUGUUCUGAGGAACUGUAGCUGCUCCUACAGCACAGUGUAGGGUAACAGAACGCCAUUUGGUUGGUAUGAACAGUAUUCUCUCAUUCCAUAUGUUUAAGGUCCAAUCCUGCAAGCACUAAGUGCUGAAUAGUCACUGAUCUUAGGAUUGGGGUCUUUUGAGCUAGAUCUUCCGCUGGAGUAAAUCAGCAUAGUCCAUUGAACUAAGUGGCGCUAGGCUGACUUCCACCAGCUGUAAUGUUCUGGAAGUCUCAAUUACCUUUGUAAUUUAAAAUGAUCUUUUGCUUGUCUUUAACAUUGUCCUGUCUUCUGUGCCCACAAUAUCUAUGAUGGUCUUUACAUUUCCAAGUUCAGAGUUGUUAAUUUAAAAUAUUUGUAGCCAUCUGACAUAAAACUGAUUAUAGUAUUGACUCCUCUUUAAAGAGGAAAAGAAAACUACUGUUGUAAGGAUUUCAGUCUGUAUCUUCAAAGUUUACAUCCCUCAUUAUGUAUGUUUACGACUAACUCCUGUAGCUUGCAGAACUCUAGCCAUCUAAUCUUUAUAGAUGUUUUUAUAGUAAAACAGAUUUUUUUUAUUUUUGUAGCAUAUAUCUUCAGUAUGUAUAGCAGAAAUAACUAUUCAAAAACCAUAUUCUGAAUAUUGUAAAAAUGUGAAUUUCAAGAGCUUUAACUGUGAGUUAGCCAUAGUCACUUAAACAAUAUUUGUGAGAAAAUACCAGCAUGUUGAAGGUUUACAAAAGCCUGUUCUUUAGGUUAGAAAAAAUUCUGGUAUUGUAAUAUGUUUGUAGUCAAUGUGCACAUGCAGAUUCUAAAAUUGCACUAAAUAAGAAAAAAGAAGAGCUAUUUAUUAAUUCAAGCACUGGGUUAAAAUGCUGAAUUUCUAACAUUUUAGGGUUCUUUUUAUCCAGUAAAAGUGAUGUGUGGUUGGUUAGUUGUUUUCCCAUGGAAUAUUAAUAUGGGAAUCAAUUUAUUCAGAAACAUAAAUUGGGACAUCAUUUUGCAUAUUAAUAUGUGGCUAUCGUUCAGUAAAGUGUCCAGUAAUUAACAAAUGCCCAUUUAUCCACCACCACCUCUUCAAGCCCCCCUCCAAAAAAAAAGACAUUUUGUAUUCACAGCUGCAAAGUGUUUGAGUUCUUAUUUGUAAGAAAAAAUGACCAACCUGCUAGGGAUUGCACCUCCAAAGUAUCUUUAAAACGGUGGAAGAUAAACUUAUCUUUUUUAAUCCCCUCAUAGAAUUAGUUGCUCUUCUGCUUUCAAAAAAGAGUGAAUAAGCUGUGUGUGAAAUGGUAAAGUUUUAUACAAAAUUCUAGUCGUAAAAGUAAGGAACUAUUUUUUUUUCUUUUAAAAUAAUCUGUAUUCUUGCUAUACACAAGCAGCAAUGCAAUUUUGGAAAAAAAUAUGGUCAAACUUUUUGCUUUAUGUUUAUGCACUUUUUGGGUUUGAUCAUAUUCUCCUUAAGGAGACAGUACUCCCAUUGACUUGAAUGGGAGUUUUGCUGUCCUGAGGAAUAUAUGUUUGGUUGCUCCAACAGUGUGCUGACAAGUUUGGUUAAUCAUUGCAUACAAGUGUUGUGUAUUUUGUUGAGAAGUAAAAAAUAUUUGAGCAAGCUUCUGUUUGUAAGCAAUUGUAAAUUCAAAGUAAUUCUAGGGAAGUCAGCAGAACUCCAUUGAUUUCAGUGGAGUUAUUCAGAUUUACAUUGGUCAGUUUCAUGCCCUGCUUGUUUUUAUGACUUAGAAGAUAUGCAGAAAGGAAUACUUUUGAAAGGAUGACUUCAUAUUUGUUUUAGAUUAAAACUGUUUUCAUACCACUGAUUCUGUUGCUGAAUUUCCUAAAGCCUCUUUCUGAUGUCUUGUUGAUCUGUAUUGUAUUUCUCUGUAUAAACUAGAUUGAAGAAAAUGUGUGUGGAUUAAAACAUUUGAAACUGU